GUUGACCCCGACCGGAAGCUUAAGCUUGGUAUGAUACACUUUUCGCGAUGAAAUGAAAUAAUAGCCACAGCCUGUCAGCUUUGCCGCUAGUUAAUUCAAAGUGUGCUACUUUACUAAUUACGUAUAUUUACCAAUACGGAAACUACAAACUUCAUAAGGCACACGACCACAAGGAUGGAGGAUACCAAACUGGAAUGCUUGAACGCCCGUUUGGCCAAGCUGCUGAACGAAGUUGUGCAGGAGGUUGUGGAGAUGGUGAAGGAAACUGUGUCGGCGUAUCGGGAGAAAGCAGCCAGCACGCUAAAGGAAAAUGAGAGUCUGAGGAGAAGUCUGCUGGAGAUACAACAUAUUCUGCAUGUCCACGGUCUGUUUCCUGUCCAGGAAGAGGGCUCGGAGAUUCAGGAGCAGAACCCCGCCCUCCCUUUGUGGCCGAACAAUACUACCCGUGAUUUGAAGCACAAGUACAAUGACGCGGGGUCACAGGCAGAGUGCGCGUCGGCCCAGACGCUAUUAAAACAAUGCAAAGAAGAACCAGAAGACGAGGAGCUUGAGGAGGCUCUGACUGUCCAGCUGACCACAGACGACGCGGUAAAUGUUGUUAAAAGAGAGCCAGCCGCUUGCUCGCUGUCUGGUCCGCCAACGUUACAAGAACAUUACAACGGCUGUGUGGAUUUAAGCCCCUUUCCUCACAACUCUAGCAGGCCCGCCCACUCAACUCACUCCAAGCACAGCUUUGACGGAGGAACAAUCCAGACGGAGCCCGCCAGGAUAGACGACUCCCACCCGUGUCUGGUAUGCGGGAAGACGUUCCGCCGGCUGGCCUACCUGAAAAUCCACCUACGCUGUCACACGGGAGAAAAGCCGUUCGGCUGCACGCAGUGCGGGAAGACGUUCAGCCGAGUGGGGUACCUGAAAAUCCACCUACGCUGUCACACGGGAGAGAAGCCGUACGGCUGCUCACAGUGCGGGAAGCGCUUCAGUCAGGCAGGAGAUCUGAAGAAACACAGGAUGGUGCACACGGGAGAGAAGCCGUACUACUGCAGCCAGUGCGGGAAAAGCUUCAGUCGGGCGGAGAAUCUGAAAAGGCACCUCAAGAUGCAUACUGGAGAGACUUGAGUGUUUAUCGCAACAACAGUCAGUGGUCGGUAGACGUUAAAAAGUGACAUACAGGUUGUCCAGAAAGUCAAAGUUACAAUCAAGGACGAAGCAGGAAAACACAGAAAAUUGCCUGGGCCCUCAAAUGUCUCAGAAAAAGUGACUAAUACUUUGGUGGGGGGUGUUCGAUUUAAAGCAAUUAUUAUUGUUUUAGUCUUAAUUCACACGCUUCAAAACACUAAAAUGCUUAAUAUCACACUCGUUUCAAGUGCUCCCACCUCACUUCUCAUCCAAUGGACUAUGCCAUCUUCUUACUGCACCUGUGCAGACUUGUUUCAGGAAAACAGUGGGAAAACAACCUUGUCGAAUCAUUUGGCGGGGAAAUGAAGCAGCGUUACGUAUCCCGCUGGAGCCGAGAAGAGGAAAAGGCGCUGAAUCUGUAUAUCCCAUUUUGUUCAAGAAACCAACAACCUGGCUAUUUUUCAAAAUAUGUCUGUGAACGAGCUGAACUUCUGGAUCCUUGGCUGCGGGAGGAUCCACCAUUUUCAAGCCACAGGCCAGCCCGACCCUGAAAGCACUGUUGUGUCAAAGCCUAAAGUUAAGCAGAUCUACAGUGUCUGAAGCACAGAUUAGCCUUAUUAGCAUUCGCUUCUGCUAAGUCCACAUACUUGACUAGUCGGUUUGCAUCGAUAGUUGCGGUUUUAGAAGCAACUUCUGUUUGACGGUGGAGCAACACAUUUGGAUGGAUAAUAUAACAAUUCUCACAGGAAUAUAUUCUUUAUCCUCAAUGAAAAAUGACAACUAUUACAGUAUCUUAAAGCACUGAUUUAUACAGACUGUUCGGAAACUCACUGCACUUACGUUUUAGUCAUUUUUUUCCAAUAUACAAUACGGAAGGUACAUAUACUAUUUUGAUUGAAACACAUGGCCCUCACUGGGAAAUGUAUAAAUAAAAAAUUACCCCCGAUAGAAAGUUUACAAUUUUGGUCCUUUCUCACAAAGGUUUGUCUUGUCUUCUGUUACAUUCUUAUUCGAGAAUAAAAACAGCAGAGAGUAACUUUGCCUCAAGGGUUAAUACAAGGAUAACAUGUGCAAUAAAUUAACACCUGUACCCCAGAGACGCUUGGCUCAGCAGACAGCAUACUGGAGAUUUUCACAGUAACCAACACACCUCACUUGACUAAUAUAGACUUCAUCACACGCAUGACUGCCUGACGACAACAUUUCACUAAGACAGCAUGCUCGCCUCUGGGAAAGAGAGCUUAUGUUGAGCAGAGAUGUGAAAAAUUAAGGUGUACUUUGCGUACUGGGACACAUGAGCUGUCACUUUUGCCAAAAGCGUUAGUGUGAAAAUGGCCUGAAGAGAUUUUCUAAUUGGCAUGACACCACACACACAGACACAC